GUCAGGGCCGGCCUGAAGCUUGGGCUAGUUUGUGGCCCGCACGUCCGCGCCACCGUGGGACGAGGGGUCACCGGGGCUCCGUGUGGGCCGGAUAGGGCCAGAGACCGUGGAGAAACUGACCCAAACCCUCCAGGCUCGGCGGGAGCCGCCCAAGGCCUUCAGAGCUGGUCCCGGAGGCGAGGGCGCCGCGGUGCGCAUGCACGAGUGCCUGUACGCUUGUCCCCUGUGUGUCUCUGUGUACCGGUACGAUCCCGACUCCAGCGGCGUGAUCCUGUGCCUGUGAGGCCUGACCUGCGUGCCACUCCAGAACUUUGUGCCGGUGCGGGCGUGUAGCUAUGUGUGUCACUGUGCGUGUAGGCCCGCCUGUCCCAUCUGUGCAUGAGACAAUAUGCUGACUAGACCCACUGAGGCGUGUGUGGCCACGACAGGGGCCACAGCCUGAGUGACAUGGACAGGACCCGAUGCUCCCAAACCCAUGAGUAAUGAAGAUGUGAAAUCGAGGCAGCAGCUCGCGAAGCUGGGAUGGAAGGACUCUUGACGGUUGCUGUCCAGCAAGACUCUGAGUUGGAAGAAACCCCGAAACACGAAGGUCAUUUCAGGGAUGGCCGGGAGAACCAGGAAAGUUGUUUGAAGCAGGAGGUCCACGAGGAAGACCCCACCGAGGACUGCGUCCCAGAGCACGAUGAAUGCACCAGAACCCUCAGGACCAGAUCGAGCCCCCCAACUACCCAGGCUGACCGCAGGCCUCAGAGGCGUGGCACACCAAGAAAGAGCCCGAACCAGAAGAACACAGACACCAGCGCAGAGGAGGAGGAGGAACGAGGUGGUGGCACCAGAAAGCCGUGGAAGUGUCAGGACUGCGGAAAGGCCUUCAGCUACUGCUCGGCCUUCACCCUGCACCAAAGAACCCACACGGGGGAGAAGCCGUUCUCCUGCCCCGACUGCGGCAAGGCCUUCAGCCAGAGCGUGCACCUGAUGCUGCACCGGCGGACGCACACGGGCGAGCGGCCCUACGCGUGCGGCGAGUGCGGCAAGGCCUUCAGCCAGGGCUCCUACCUGGCGGCGCACCGGCGCACGCACACGGGCCAGCGGCCACACAGCUGUGCAGACUGCGGCAAGGCUUUCGUGCGCCCCACGCACCUGGCGCAGCACCGGCGUGUGCACACGGGCGAGCGGCCCUUCGCGUGUGGCCACUGUGCCAAGGCCUUUCGCAACCGCUCCUCCCUGCUGGAGCACCAGCGCAUCCACACGGGCGAGAAGCCGUUCGUGUGUGCACAGUGCGACAAGGCUUUCCGCUUCUCCUCGGCGCUCAUCCGCCACCAGCGCACGCACACUGCCGAGCGGCCCUACGCCUGUGGCCAGUGCACCAAGGCCUUCACGCAGAUCACGCACCUGGCGCAGCACCGUCGCGUGCACACGGGCGAAAAGCCCUACACGUGCCCCGAGUGCGGUGCGCCCUUCAGCCAGAGCACCUCGCUGGCCGAGCACCGGCGCAUCCACACGGGCGAGAAGCCGUACGCGUGCGCGCAGUGCGGCAAGGCCUUCACGCAGGUGUCGCACCUGAGCCAGCACCGGCGCGUGCACACUGGCGAGCGGCCCUACGCCUGCCAGGACUGCGGCCGCGCCUUCAGCAACCGCUCGCACCUGGUGCAGCACCACCUCGUGCACACGGGGGCGCGGCCCUACAAGUGCCUGGAGUGUGGCGCCGCCUUCAGCCACGUGUCCUCCCUAAUUGAGCACCAGAAGGUCCACACCGGAGAGAAGCCCUACCGGUGCGGGGACUGCGGCCGCGCCUUCAGCCAGGGCUCAUCGCUGACGCUGCACCGGCGCACGCACACCGGCGAGCGGCCCUACGCGUGCCCCGUGUGCGGCAAGGCCUUCAGCAACCGCUCCUACCUGAUCCAGCACCGCAUCGUGCACACCGGCGAGAAGCCGUACGAGUGCAGCGGCUGCGGCAAGGCCUUCGGCUUCUCCUCCGCCCUCAUUCGACACCAGAGGACGCAUGCUGACGAGGGUGGGGGACACGUUUGCCCAGCUGCCGUACCUGACUCAACACCUGAGCUCCAACCGGGAGGAGGAGCCUGUUGACGGUGGCGGUCCAGCACAAACCGUGGUGGACCAGCCCGAGAAUGAGGGCUGAGGGCUGCCAGGGCCUCCUAUCGGCAGGCACCCCACUGAGCCUUUUAUACCUCAUGCUUGGGCUCUCAGCACUAGCGGGUAGAUACCCUACCAUCCCCAUGUUGCCGAUGAGGAAACCAAGGCUCUGGGAGGCUCUGUGGGGUGCCCGAAAUCACACAGGAAGGAUGUCACAGGGUCAGGACUGGACCUCGCAUCUACCAGUCACCUCCACCACCUCCCUGGUUCAAAAUUCUAAUAGUGACGCAUGAAAGUAGACCCGAAGAUAUAUCUGUGGGUCUCUGGCCAGCCUUUUGAUUGUUCAUUUUAUGACUGUGUAGACAUUUGGUCCACACAUUUAAAUAAAUAAAAGGUUC